AUGCUGUGGCAAGACAUUACAGCCGAUCAGAUACAAUCCAUACUUUCAAAUGUAUCGAGUGUUGAGGAUUUGAAACAAAAUAUGAAUGAAGUUUUGGAUUUGUAUGAGCUCUACCCGAACUUGUCGGUUAAACAAUAUCAAAUUCUUUCGGAUCUACUCAUGUAUACGAUCAUGUUCUGCAUGAGAAACAGAUUUACUCUCGAGAAGAUUUCAGCCUUAUUUACAAUUGUCAAGGAAAUUCAUAAGGACACUUCGAAUAAUGAUAUUUCUCUUUACGACAGUUUUGUUCAUUUCAAACAGCUAGUAACAAAAUAUAGUGUACAUAGACCUCCCUUCAGUAUUGAGGUGUUCCAUGUGGACGACGUGAAGAAAAUUUCGGAAUACAUUUACAACACAUUUUAUCGUCACUACAAAAUGUACCAAUAUGUUUUCUGUCCAAAGCAAACGGCUUCUGUCACGAUUGUGCCAUCUCCAUCACAAUUAAUUCUUCCAAAACCAUUCGAAAUGCUCAGUUUGGGGAAGGCAAUGACCCAACAAGAAUUCCAAGAAAAGAAGCAACAACAAGUUUUGGCUGAAGAGAAAGCAAAACAAAAUACCACAACACCUCAGGCCACUCCCCGAUUGGAGAACAAUGGUAAAUCUGUGUCUCCCCCACUUUCUACAGAACAAAGACCAACAAAUGAACAGCAAGUCACAAAAGAAGAAGCACCACAAUCAGCAGAACAAAAGAAGCAACCACCACACCCUCAAAUCCUUAAACAGUUAGAACCCAUUAAAAAGGAAAUUGAGGAAAUGACUCAAAGCAGAAUUUCAGAACUCGAAUCCAGAAUUGCAGAGUUGGAACAAAUAGUUGCAGAAAAGAAGCCCUCCAAGACACCCGUCAAACGAUAG